GAGUUAGAGCGAGCGAGGUUAGAGCGAGGGAGGUGAGGGAGCGGUUGUGUUCAAACAGAGUCAGGGUCAGUAAGAGAGUGGAAUGGGAUGAGCCGGAGAUAGGGAGCGUUUGUAUCUGAGAGAGAGUGAGUGAUAAGAGAUCUAAGCAAACAUCAAUGUGGUUUUAAAAGGAUGCUAGUCUCUACAUCAAUAUAGUACACAGUUCUUCUUCUGAGGGUCUUUGAAAGAAGUAUCGACACCCUGCACUGAGAGCGAGAGAAAGAGAGAGAGAGAGAAAGAGAGUGAGAAAGAGCGAGAGAGAGAGAGAGAGACAGAGAGAACGACAUCCAGUCUACAUGACCAGUUCUUUUGGGCUCUGAGGAAAACAUCUACAGGAACGUGAGCCAUCUGCAAUCAUGGACUUUGUGAUGAAGCAGGCGUUGGGGGGGGCCACCAAGGACAUGGGUAAGAUGCUGGGGGGCGAGGAGGAGAAGGACCCCGACGCGGCCAAGAAGGAGGAGGAGCGGCAGGAGGCGCUGAGGCAGCAGGAGGACGAGAGGAAGGCCAAGCACGCCCGCAUGGAGUCGGACAGGGAGAAAGUACGGCAGACCAUCCGGGACAAGUACGGCUUGAAGAAGAAGGAGGAGAAGGAGGCGGAGGAGAAGGCGGCUAUGGAGCAGGCGUGCGAGGGCUCUCUGACACGCCCAAAGAAGGCCAUCCCAGCCGGGUGUGGAGACGAAGACGACGAAGACGAGGAGAGCAUUCUGGACACCGUGCUCAAGUUUCUGCCCGGGCCGCUGCAGGACAUGUUCAAGAAGUAGAAGCACUCUGUAUGUACGCCCAAACAAACGGCCCGACGCCCAGGGGAGCCGCUCUGGUCAAGCCUGGGCUGGGUGGAGGGGAAAGAGGGGGAUUUGAAAUAUAUAUCUAUACAAAGGGGGGGAUGGUGAGAGAGAGCUUGGGGUUCGUCGGUGCAUGGGGGAGAUGUGUGUGUUUGGUUAUUACAGGGGGAGGAUGGAAGAUGAACAGGGUUCUGCUGACGUUGGAGAUUUGGGGGACAGCGCAAAAGGUUUCUGGGAACGUAAUUAUGAAAUCUUUACUAUAGAGAUAGAGGCUACACACACUGCCUUCCUAGAAAAUUUGUAUUCGUCCUUUUUUCUUGCUUUUUUCGGUUUUGUUGUUUUUUUACUUCCAUUUUGUACAGAAAGAUGUGUGUCGCGAUGAUGAUGACGCUGACUCUUUCAGGGCACCGGCGAUGGCGCUCGGGUGAUUCUGGUGUUUCACACUUAAACAUUCCUAAAACAAAUGACACCACACAUCGGUCAGGUCAGGUGUUAAGACUGUUGAGGUCAUCUCCCAUAUGUAAGGGAUUGGCGGGGAACGGCAUGCUGGGAAAAUAAUGUUAGUCCUCUCACUUAUGGUGUGUUUUUUUAGUAGAGAAAGAAAAGAAAGAUCGAUGGGACAUUUUGAUUUUUACUUUACUGCCAAUUUUCUAUUUUUAUAGUAAUCCCUGGUGGCCGAUCCCUGUCUUGGAUGAUCGUACAAUCCACGUGCCUUCAUAUCUUCAUCUUUAGUUGAGGAUUGUCACUGAGGCUGAUACUAAGGGCGCGUGCACUUGUCACAUCACAGCUUGAGUCAGGUCUAUGGUUGUCACGCAACAUGAUGUGAUUAAUGUCUUGUUGACAGAGCAGAUUGCAUCAGCGUAGAUUUGAAAGAACACCAUCGUAGUGAAUGCUAUGUUUAGGUUCUCCUCAAAGACUUAAGAAAAGGCGUGCAGAAGCGGAAGAAUCCUUUCGAUAACCUGCUAUCUAAUAGAACUCAGACAUGGAUGGUCCAUUGUUAUUUUCAUCAAGAUAUGAAUACCUAGGCCUUCGUGUAUGCCCCUACAGGGGGGACUUCAACAAAUAUUCAGCUCUAACCCUUUAGGAAAAUGUUCGAUCCAGUUUAGCUGUUUACACUGCCAUAUUGCCAGACUUCUAAAGCUGUUUCCCAAGAUUGUGUCACCCGUUUAUGGACCAAUUUCUAUAAUCAACCACCAGGAAGGUUAGCUCAGAUUGUUGAAGAACUUUCCAACCUUCUUAUCCCGGCAAGGGAAGUUUACGAUCACUAAUCUUCUUUCCUACCUUCUUUCCUUCCUACAUUCCUUCCUAUCUUCUUACUUAACGUCAGACAUAUUUACCAUUGCAUGCGUUAGUGCUGUCCCAUGGACAAUCAAAACACAGGAUGAGGUGGCUGUAGCCAGUACUUUACAUGAUGUCAUUUCCUGUCACAUAUUAAGUACAAUGAAAAUGGUACAUUAAGCACUUGACUAACUGAUUCCUUAUAAAUUAUUUUCUUGAAGUAUAUUAUAUAUAUAUCUAUGUUUACACCUUAAUUUCAACGCAAAACAUUAUUUUCAGUUUUCCGUUGGCUUAAAACACAGCUGCAACCUUUCUUCCCAUUGGUUGGUUCCCCCGCUCUGAUGUAAAAUCAGAAUGCUAAAACAACAGACAUCCAGACCAAAGAAAUAUUAGAGAUACUGACUUAUUUCUUUAGUGAUCAGCGCCACCUAGUGUUUAGACAGAACACUGACCUCUGAACUGUGAGGUCUAUGCAAUCAAACAUGCAGUAGACUACAAAGCAGAAUAUAGGGCCAACCUAUCCAAAUACACUAAAUUGCACUCGGUACAUAAAUAAGUAUAAACAAAUAUACCAUCAUAAGUUAAUUCUGCAUUAAGCCUCAAACAAGUAUAUUGUAUCGAAGUAAGUGGAACGCCUACAUUUGUUUUUUUAAAGAGGAAAGUAAAAGUAUUUCCACGUCAUUCAAACCAUUCAGUAACGUGUUUGGUCACAUGCAAACGCUACAGAAUGAUGCACAUUUCUAUCUAGUAAACUACUUUCUAUACAUAGGAUAAUGAUCCAGUGUAUAGAGAAAGCAUGAUGCUACACCAAGUACACGAAAAGAGGUAAUGAUUCUGUAAUUAUCUGCUAACUAUCUUUAGGUGCUUAGUUGUUGGAUAAUAAAUUACCAAUACAUUAGAUUGUGAAAUAGAAUUACCUAAAUGAUGAAUAAUAUAAAAAAACAACAUAAUUAUAAGCAUUACUGUUUUUCUUCUUUUUUUUUGGUUUGGUUUUCUAACUCAGAUAGGAUCUUCUCACUAGACAAAGCCAUAAUGUUUUAAUUGCAAUAAUUAUGUUAAUUGUUUAAAAUAGUCCCUCAUUGGAGUUAAAUCUCAUGUUUGUUUAUAUGAAUAUUAUUUUUUGCAUAUCUUUUUGUAAACCCUCACUUUGGUUAUUUAUCCAACAGUAUACGCAAAGAUGAAAAGUGUCUACAUGUACUUGUAUUUGUAUUUCUAUAUCUAUAUGUAUGUACUCUACAUGUCUAUGUUUAUAUGUGUGUCUCUUUCCUACGUUCUCGUGUUGUGAGUGCAUUGGGGCUGCCCUAGUCUACGUUCCAUUGUCUUCAGAAAUGAUUCUGUGCACAGGCGGUCUGCAGUGUGGUGCCAUGUUAAAACAUGUUGAAUACAUGUGAAAUAAUUCAUCCUUCUCAUUGUACGCAUGCUAACCAAAUGCCAAAAGAUUACAAAAAUAAAACUAUAAUAUUAUAGUAUAAGUAACUUUCAUUCUAACAAUGAUAAUUUGUAAGUAUGAUAAUAAUAUAAUAAAUACUGUGUUAGAAUCUCUGUA